UGUUCGAGAAAUAUCCCCAAUUCGUUUCUUACAAUACAAGCCCUAGUCCUCCCAAUUCACUUGUUGGAUUCGCAGGGUUCAUAAGAUCGAAGAGGUAUGGGUGAAGAAAGGAGGGUGCACCCAGAUUGCAGAAACGCACCAAACCUUUAUCAUGAAUGCAGUGAAUAUUGCUUCAAAAUUAUUGCUGAGGCGAAGAAAAAGGCGAAUCAAUUUGAUGCGGGUUCCGAGGCUGCCGUACAUAAUGUAGAGCCAGAUAUAGCAGCAGAUUCCAAUCAAAGAGAAUCUGCUAAUGCUGAAAUAAACGACCGUGAGGACCAUUCUGAAGAAGAAGCUGCCAUUAAUGGUGAAGAUGCAGCCACCACUUUGGCUAAUCUGACAGGGCGGCAAAAGAGGUUAUUUGAAUUGAGAAUGAAGAUGAACGAGGCAAAAAAAGCCAAUCAGACUGCGAUGGUGAACGAGAAGAAGAAAUUGGAAGGUCCGGUAGAGUCUAGAGGGAUUUCGAAGCAAAAAUGGCUGGAGGAAAGGAAGAAGAAAAUAGGAAAACUUUUAGAUGCAAAUGGAUUAGAUAUGAGCAAGGCGUAUAUGCUCGAUACACAAGAGAUGGCAGAGUCCAAGUACAAGAAAUGGGAGAAGGAUCCUGCUCCUGCUGGUUGGGAUGUUUUCAAUCAGAAGACCUUGUAUGAAGCACACAAGAAAAGAACAAAAAAGAUUAAUUUAGACCAUGACGAGUACAAUAGAAUGAAAGAAGCUGAUCCAGAAUUCUACCGAGGGGCAUCGAGUCUUCAAUAUGGAAAAGCACCAAAAACCUCAGACGAGCAAAUUGACAGAAUGGUCAAAGAGCUAAAGGACAGGGAGGAUAAAUCGAGGUCCUUUAGUAGGAGGAGGAAAUUCCGUGAAGAAAAGGAUAUCGAUUCAAUCAAUGACCGUAAUGAACAUUUCAAUAAAAAGAUCGAACGAGCCUUUGGCAAGUACACUUUGGAGAUCAAGAACAAUCUCGAGAGAGGAACUGCUUUGCCUGAUUGAGUAGGUAUGUAAUCUGCUACAUCGCUGCUCCACUGAACUGUUGUACGUCUUAUAUAGUGCACCGCUACUUUGGCUCUUUAUUUCCGUAGAAACUUCGAUGCUGAUGAAAUUGGUUUUAGUUUUCUUGAUACAUAAUGUGUAAAAUUAUCAUUGUCACUUGUCGUGUUCACGUAUGUCCUUUUUUUUUCCCUCCCUUUUUUCAGUGUGUGCCGUUGAAAAAAACGUUUUGGAAUCUUUUUUUAAGAGGUUAAGUAAAAUGUGCGUCGUUAGCAAGGGACGUCUUGAAGAAUGAGAUAUGAUGAUUGAGCAAAUUUCAUUUUUUUUUUCU